AUGCUCGAGUCCUAUGCGUCCUGGACCGCAUCCGUUGGUAGCAACUCCGUGUUUGAUUUCGAAGAAUCUGAAUCCGACAGCUCAUCAUCCAUCCACAGCACCGAGGAGAUUAGCAGCGGCCCCAACAUCUACGAGAUGUACACCCAUGGAUGGUUCAAUACUCCGAUGUACACCGGUGGUAUGCUUUACCCCCCGUUAUCUACACUGAACUCGGGACAACCACAGAAAACUCAAGACCACCCACAAACACCACACCUCCAACCCUCUGAAUCCCACCAAGACGCCUCUCUGGCUAUUUCCUCGCCAUCCUCAUCAGACCGAGACAUUGGCGACGUCCAGCUGCCACCACAAUAUGAAAUCCCCGACCAAGAGUCCCCAUCGACACCCUCAUCACCCUCAUCCUCUGAUCAAGACGCCGGUGGAGUCGAGCUCAAUUAA